AUGUCUAAUGAAUUGUUUGCAAGUUUGCGAGCAAAGAAUACUAAAGAAUUUCUUAUCCCACCUAGGAGGGCUGGAUCCCCUCGUAUUGCCAAUACAACUAAUACCCAUAGUAUUUCUCUAAGUUCUGGUAACUUAGUAGUGGGUUCUCCAAAGAACUUACAAAUUCUGAACAACACACUAAAAAUUCAAAGAACGAAGAAUAGCCAUCUUAAUUCAUCAAGAGCGAAACAGUACAAUUCUAGCACAAUUAAAAUCGAAGAUUCUUCACAUGACGCUUUUCCUCAACUUGAUGACGUUGGCGAUAACACUGGUAGUAAUCAUAAUAAUGACGAACUAGAAAAUACAAUACAUAACAAGACAAAAUGCCAUCAACUCGAAUUGAGCUAUCACGAGGCAAAACUCUCAAAUGAGAUGGUAGCUUUAAACUUAGAUGACAUUUCUGAUAUUGAAGAAGGAGAUUUAUGUGAAUUAAAAGUCUAUAACAAGCAUUCUAGUAAAGACCAUGCUAAAAUGAAAAUAUAUUUUAUUGCAAAAGAUUACACUGGAGAAUUGAAGACACGCUCUCAAAAGAACAAGUCCAAUAUUUCAAUAUCAUUUGGGCAGCUACAAUCUCUGCUAGAUCUGCCGCCUAUGUCAAAAUUAGUGAUAAAAAAGAAAAGUAAAGACAAAGUUGAGGCAGAUUUAGUCGAAAUUAACGUAAAAGAUUGCUCCCUUAAUAGAGGUGAUAUGUGGUGGAUAUCUUCGCAAUUGGUUGAUUCUUGUCUCUUUUCAGGACAAAAACUGGUAUUUCUAGAUUCUAUAAGGGGGACAGUUAAGGGAAUAUACAGAGAUGGUAAGAAGGUUCUAGCUGGGUACGUUGGAGAAAAAACACGAGUAGUGUUCAGAUCCGAAUCCGCAAGGUUGAUAUUUCUCAUUCAAAUAACUGAAGAAAUGUGGAAUUUUGAGGAGACAGGUGAGCAAAUGUUUCAAAAAAUGAUCAAUUCUUUCUUCCCAAAGAUUUUCAAGAAGUGGAAAACUAUAGAUACGCAUCAUACAAUUACAGUUGCGUUUGCCAUAUCGAUGGAUUUUUCUGAUUACCAGUUCAAAGAUUUAAAACCAGGAGAAAAAUUGAAGAAUCCUAAAGAUCACUUUCGUAUUGUUGUGGACCAAGUAAAUAUAAUUGAUUGGGUUAAGAUAAUGGAUGCACUUCGAAAAGAGUUUUCUAAUCUAAGAAGCGAUUUACUGAACAUAAAAACAGACAAAGGUUUUAGUGUCAUUCAAGGUAGAUUUGCUCCCGUCAUAAAGUCUAAUAUUCUAGAACUGGUGAAUUUCGCUACUACCAUUCUUGCUGACCCAUUUAGGCAAGUUGAUCUUCGUCAUACUACAACUCACGUUAUGAUUGUUACAGCUGGCUCAGGUUUAUAUGAUGUUGAUUACAAUCUAUUAAAUUCAACUGGAAGAAAAUUGCUAUCUCUAGAAAUGACUAUGGAUCUUAUAUGUCUAUCACGUGCCCCGCUACAUGUUGUUCCGUUAUUUAGGUACCAAGAUUAUGAGCUAAACCUACAUCACUGCAUUCCUAACUGGCUGAGCAUAUUUUUCUGGAAUGACUCUACAAAAGAGAGCGAUCAGUGGCAUCCAAGAUGUAAAGUGUACAACCUGCAAAUGAUGGGUCUUACAGAUAACGAGAUAAUGGAGCAAGCAGAAUUAUCCACUUUAAAUAUAAAACCCAUAGAUAGGUCUGUAACAAAUUUGAUUAAGGAUUUUGACCAGGCUGUCUUUACGCAUCCUGGAAACCAAAGAAUUCCUUCUCUAGAUACAGAUGAAAGAACAAAAGUAGCAGCCCAAAGGAGUAUGAAUGACGAGCAUAAGCUUGCUAGAAAAAAGUCAAACUUAUUAUGGGACGCUCCCAAGUACUCAGAACCUGUGGUUGAAGUCGCUCAAAAAUUUGAAGCAGUUGCAGAUAUAUAUAGUCACAACAAAAUUGAAGAACUUUCUAAUAAGCAUACGCAGAAGCAUAGGACCCCUAAUAUAACUGAGCCAAAAUUUCAUGGUUCUCUUGCGUUGGACUCUCUAAAAGGACUAACUAAGAAAAAUUCUAUGAAAGAUUUUACGAGACGCAUGCUCAGUAGGAUCGCUCCUAGUAGGGCUUCAAGCAAUUCCAUGAAAUAUGAAAAUGAUACCAUAUUAUCCCAAAUAGAUAGUGCAAAUUCUCCAAGAAAAAUAGCACCUCAACCUAUAGGUACGAGUGGCGCGUCUCAUGAAGUGAUUGAAGGGGUAGCGAAAUUGAGCAAAAAUGAGACUAACAGUCAACAACAACAACAACAACAACAACAACAUCAUCAUCAUCAUCACGAAAACAACGACGUUCUAACAUUAAUCCAAGAUAACAGUUCGCUACAUCCCUCUUUUAGUACUGAAUCAUCCAAAAAGUCAACUUGGUACUCAAGGCGCCCGUUUGCCCAAGAGGCACUCAAGUUCAAGAUAAAUGAGCAUGUCUAUGUUACAAAUGAAAAAUGGGUAGAAAUAAAAAAUCCAUCAGUACCGGUGAGUAUAGAAAUGGCUGAUCAACUACUGCCAAUAAGGUGGAAAGAUGUUUGGCCCCGUUAUGUUGCCAAAAAAUAUAGUAAGUGGCGUUCAUUCACUACUCCAGCGGAGUUACCCAUCACAUUGUCAGUGUUCCCCUCAAAAGAAGAUUUUGAGGAAAAUUUCAUAUUCAGAAAUCAUUCUGUUACCCUAAAUAUAGAACAGGAAGCUUAUAAUCUGUCCAACGAGGAUCUUUUGAGAAAUAUGAUAUACAUGAGGCUGGUAACUGGAUUCCAACUUUGCGUCGGAAAACAAGUAGACAGAAUUGAACAAUCAAAAGAACACAUUUCUGGAGAUGUUUCAGUUGCCAAAUAUAUUGAACGAAGAAGCUGGAAUACGUUGAAGAUAUAUAUGAUGAUCGACUCAGAAAUCCAUCGGAUAUCCUGUGAACAAAACGGAGUAAUUGAUGUGCAGAGGUAUUUGAGAAAAGAGGAUACAAAUCCAUUCAGUCAAGUCUCGAAAUAUACCCCAUUAAUCAGGACGCGGUACGAAACAACCUACAGGCCUUCAAAAAUCGAUCCUAUUCAUACCAAUAGGGACUCACUAAACUGGAACCAGAUAGAUCAAGUACUUGCAGGUUAUGGAGAUUAUCUUAUGGAGAAAAAUUGGCAUGGCUUCCGCUCAAAGUUUGUUGUACUCCCCUCUGAAAUACCCCCUAGUACGCAUUCACUGGUUAUCAAUGGUAAAAAUGAAACGUUGACACCGGAAGAGCUUAGGGUGGAAGGUUUACGCAGAUUAAUAAGUUCCAUUACUAAAUCCAGACUCAAAACAGAGGAAGAGAGAAAGCGUAAGUCAAAAAAUGAGGAAAUUCAACCUGAAGUAACCUUCUAUACUGGCCCUUUCUUCAAAUUCAUAAAUGAAAGACAAAAGUCGUUAGAAGAAGCUGUCUCGAAUUUUAAGGAUCCUAUAUUCAUAUCUGAUAAAGGAGAACUAGAAAAAAACAUGGAAAUAUCUAAGUUAGCACAUAGCAUGCAAUAUGGUGAAAACAACCUAGCUUUAGUGACAAGAAAGUGGCAUUGGAAAAAGUAUGAAAAUUGUUUUAUCGGAUCUGAAAUGGUUUCUUGGCUUGUCAGUAACGUUAAAGAUGUGGACACGAGAGAUGACGCAAUUACCUUUGGACAAGACUUAAUGAAUAAGGGUUUAUUUUCACAUGCACUUAACAAUCAUAGUUUUCUAGACGGCCAUUAUUUUUAUCAAAUAUCUCCAGAAUAUAUUGUAAAUUCUAGACAACUAAAGAAAAUUAAUACCGAUAAGACGGAUUUAUCAGACCAUAGCCCUUCCCUAAAGAAAGUUUCAUCAGAGAGCGUUUCUGAACCAAGUUCACCUUUAGUUUUGAGUAAGUCCAACACUUCAUACGUAGAUCAGGAACAAGGAACAGAGCCUAAAAAAAGGAAAGUUGUUUUAAGUAACUCUGUUUUAGUUGAUGUUGACCCAAAUAGAAGGUCUUACAAACUAGAAACAUGUACUGUACACUAUGAUAGAGUCCAUAACCCCGAACAUUGCUUUCAUAUAAGGUUAGAAUGGCUGACAACGACACCCAAACUUAUUGACGAUUUGAUUGCUAAUUGGUCGAGAGUUUGUGAAAGGUACGGCUUGAACCUGGUUGAAAUGCCUUGGGAAGAACUUUGCUCUAUUCCUUCGACCGACCCAUUCCAUUCUUUUGUUGAAAUUCCCCUUGCCAUAGAUCCAUGGACAGAUCCUGAAUUCAAUGAUUAUGAAAUCACACGUACAAGUAAAUUUUAUUUCCAUAUCUAUCUUCUGAAAAAAUCUGGCUUCAUAUUGGACAACAGAGCUUCGAAAAUUUUACAGGAAGGCAAGAUUGAUAUCGAUAUCACAUAUUCUUGGGGAAAACCUGAAUUCAAAUACGCACAAUAUAUUCAUAACAGUGGGGCAUACAUGGCAGAAAUCAGAGAAAACGGAGGCCUCUUCUUGGCACCUAAUAACAUGCAUAUUUCCAGAACAACCACAGGGAGUAUUAGCAAAUUUCGUUCGAGUCGAAAAAUACCGGUAGAUAGUCAAAAAAUUAUGCUGCAAUUCAAAACAACAUGCUCUAGCUACCAGCAGUUACGUGAAAUAUUUCUGGAAUGCAAGAAGAAUUGGGCCCUUACUAACGGAAUAGAUGAAGUUUGA